AAAUUUGUGUACACUUUUUUAAAAGAACAAAAAAAACAAAAAAAAAAUAAAGAUAUUAUCACCAUGGCUAACGCAAGAAGGUUGGUCGCCAAGGCAAAUAAUACUAAUGUAGGUUCAUUGAUUCUGAUGGCUUUGGUGUUUGGUUCUUGCGUGGCUAAUGGUGAAUAUCUCGGCGGCCGCCGUGGCCUCGCCGCUAAUUCCGGCAACCCUUCUGUCUUUGAUAUUACCAAGUUUGGAGCCGUAGGAGACGGUUCCACCAAUUCUUUCAAGGCGUUUUUGAACACAUGGAUCCAAGUGUGUGACAGUCCUGUUCCAGCAACGCUACUAGUUCCUAAAGGAACAUUCUUGGCUGGUCCAGUUAUCUUCGCCGGUCCAUGCAAGAGCAAGGUGACCGUAGAAGUUCAAGGCACCGUCAUCGCUACAACAAGCGGAUACGCGACCCCCGAAUGGUUCUUAUUCGAGCGUGUCGACAAUGUCCACCUCACCGGAACCGGCACAUUCCACGGCAAAGGUGAAGCCGUCUGGAAAGAAGAUGGUUGUGGCAAAAAGGUCCAAUGCAACCUUCCUCCAACGUCUCUCAAAUUCAGGAACAUGAAAAAUGUAGAAAUCAGCGGCAUUAGCUCGGUCAACGCAAAGGCCUUCCACAUGUUCUUGGUGAAAACAGAGAAUGUCAACAUACACAACAUUAAGCUUAUCGCGCCUGCUGAAAGUCCCAACACCGAUGGUAUCCAUUUGAGCAAUGCGGACAACGUAAGCAUCCUCGACAGCACAAUAGCGACAGGAGACGAUUGUGUCUCGGUCGGUCGUGGCUCCAACAACGUAACCGUCGAACGUGUGACUUGCGGCCCGGGACACGGCCUAAGUGUCGGUAGUCUUGGUAAGUACAAGGACGAGGAGGACGUUAGCGGCAUUCACGUUAGGAACUGCACCAUGAUUGAGACCGACAAUGGACUUAGGAUCAAGACCUGGGGUGGUUCGGGUCCAAGCAGGGCUGCUGACAUUAAGUUUGAAGAUAUCAUCAUGCAAAGCGUCAAGAACCCAAUCAUCAUUGACCAAAACUACGGUUCAAGAGGCGGAGAUUCAAAAGUUGCGAUAAGCGAUGUGUUGUUCAAGAACGUAAGAGGAACAACAAUUACAAAAGAUAUUGUUCAGAUAGCAUGCAGCAAAUCGGUGCCGUGCAAGGGAGUCAACGUCGUUGACGUGAACUUGAGCUUCGUAGGCAAGGAAGGAGGAGAAAAGUCAUCGUCAGGAGGUUUGGUCGGAGCACUUUGCGACAACGCCAAUGUUAUCUUUGGUGGAAAACUUAGCUUCCCUAUGUGCCCCAAAUAAGCUUUUUUGUAUUCAUAAUUUUAUAAUUAUAAGAAAAGAAAAAUCAAAAGUUUCCACAAACAUUUGUUUUGUUUGUGAGUUAGUUUGGGAAUACAUGAACAUGAAUUAACCAUUGCAAUA